CUGCUUCCAUAGCUCAUACUGAACUUGGCUUUGAUCCUGACCGCCGGCCGCUGCGACGGCGGUCUAGUCCCGGUUAGAUUUUUUGUGAACGAAAGACUAUGUAAAGGUGUGGAUGAGCUUACCGGAAUGACCUUCCCCCCGCGUGCGCUCAGCCUCACAUCCUAAUGACCGUCUUGCAGCUUUAUACUUUCUACCCAUUCGAUGCGUCGGUCGUGGCGCUCCUGAACACGACGGCGGCAAGUCUGACCGGAUGCCAGGGGUGAGUAGAACAAGUGCAUAUCGGGGGGAGCAGAACGAGUGCACAUCGAGGGGAGUAGAGCGAGUGCACAUCGAGGGGAGUUGGAGCUCACGAUAGCGUCAGGAUAUAUGCAGGUCGCGAGAUUGAGGAUUCCAACCGCGGACACUGCGUUUUGCGUGCGUGCUUCUGUUUCGGACGGGUGGUGGCUGAUUGUGCUUAUGAUGAGCACAGAGUGGGAGACGGAGUCUGCAGCGUCUCAGAGCGGGGAGAUCCUGCAUGUGCUGCUCGCGGGCGGCAGAUGGGUGUCGCAGAAGACGAUGGUCAUCUCGUCGAGCGAAAGUGUCGGCGCCAUCCGGACGGUCCUGAGCGCACCGGUGCAGGAGUUCGCCGUCGCGACGCUGAAGGGGAAGGAGAACAGAGAGGAAUGGGAGCGCCUCCUGCAGGUGACGACGGAGGGCGUGCGCGUCACGGAGGGCGCGGUGGCGUCGCUGCAGGGACUCGAUGCGGCGGACGGCGCGCGCUACGUGCUGCUCAUCGGCUGGCAGUCGCACGAGGUGUGGCUGCGGGAUCCAAGGUCGUUACGCCGUCCAGCUAACCCCGUUCGCAGGCGCACAUGCGGGCGUUGCAGUCGGAGUACGCGGACGAGGUGAUGGGGCAGACGUUGGCGGUCGUGGACUUUGAUGUCAAGCACGCGCAGCGCAUCCUAUACGAGCGGCCUUCGUAGACACUGAGAGGGAAUAUACCUCCGUAAAUGCUGCGGAUGGCGACAUGAGAAGAAAGGGCAUGUUUGAUUUGACGCUGUUUGGAAGUGCCACGCGUGAUGACAAGCGCAG